AUGGCUGAAGAAACUAUAGUUGAGUAUCCAACAUUAACUGAACAAGAUGCCUUUGAACUUCGUCGAAUAUUUUCAUCUUUUGACAAUGAUAAUGAUGGAUUCGUAGAUGCUAAAGAUGUCUCAGCUCUGUUCAAAUACCUUGAACACAAUUUUCAAUCAUUUGUGAUCAAAGAAGAUGAAUUGAAGGUAUUACUUGAUCGAAAUCAUAUUAAUGAAUCUCAGCCAAUAUCAUUUACUCAAUUUUUAACUCUUAUUGCAUAUAAAGUGACUGAAUUCGAUAACCUAGAAGAAUUACAAGAAGCAUUUCUUAUUUUUGAUCCUACUGGCAGCGGUUUUAUCACAACCAAAGAUCUUUUACGAGUAAUGCAAAGUCUAGAUGAAAAUAUAACAGAAGCAGAUGCUCAAGAAAUGAUGCGCCAAGCUGAUCGGAGUUUAAGCGGAAAACUAAGUUUUGCUGAAUUUAUUGACAUGAUUCGAUAUGCACAAAGCACGUAA